GAACGAACACAAAUCCAGGGUAUCACAGUUAUCUACGACAUGACAGACGCGAAGUACUCCAACUUUGACGCGGAUCUGUCACUCAAACUCCUAAACCUCCUGGCGGUGAGUUCGCAUACUGUUGUUGCUGUUUAG